ACUUAAUAUGACAGUAACUUUCUACGGUGAUAGUCAGACCACAACAAUAGCUUGUUAACGCCGAUAAGUAAAUCAAAUGUAACGAGUCGAAAUUCGUACAGUUAGUGAAUCAACCAAUCAGAUGAAAAUACAGUGAGUGAUUGCCGAUUAAAUGUUGAAUAUAAGAUCGUCUACGUCGAUGUAAAUUAGCGUUUAGUAUAAAAAUAGAACGUGGUAUCAUUAUUAUUUAAUAAGAAGAGCUGGUGUAAUGUUCGUGACCUCUUGGUGUAAUCGACUAGUACUUCUCCGCUAAAUCUUAGAACAAUGCCUUGUUGUGCGAAAAUGUAGACAGGAAAAUCUUACUUCUUAUUGUUGGGUAAGCUAUGGAAGAACAAGAUUGUGUUGAUGCUGUGUUGGAUCCUCGUAUACAAAUUGAAUUGGAAAAUUUGAAUCAGGCUACAGAUGAAAUUAAUAAAUUGGAAAUUGAGCUAGAUGAAGCAAAUACAACAUUUCGCAUGUUACUUAACGAGUCCACAAGAAGAUUAAAGUUGUUGUCAAAAAAAUUGGGAAGUUGUAUUGAGAAAGCGCGCCCAUAUUAUGAUGCAUUGGAAAUCGCCAAAAAUGCUCAACUUGAAUGCCAAAAAGCAGCAGUUGUUUUUCGCAGGGCAAAUGAGAUACAUGCAGCUGCAAAGGAAACUGUUGCCUUAGCUGAGCAACGAUUCUUAAGUACCGAGGACGAGUUACAAUUUGAUAACGCGUGGCAGGAAAUGCUCAAUCAUGCAACAAUGAAGGUAAUGACAGCAGAAACUGAUAAAGCCGAAAGUGGUAGAGAGCACCAAAAACGAGCUGCAUUAUUUCAAUCUGCAGAACAGAAGGUCCAACAUUUAGAGGAUCGUUUACGAAGACACAUAAUCAAAUCCCGUCCGUAUUUUGAAGAAAAAGUUCUGUGCCAGGAACAAUUAAACACUCAAAAAGAUCGAGUAGAAUCCUUAAAACAAUCCAUAUCGAAAGUAAAAUUUUCUUAUACCCAAUCGAUGAAAAACCUAGAGCAAAUCUCCAAUGAUAUCCAUUUAAGACGAAGUACGUUGAAUUUAGAUUUGUUAAAUAGUCCACGAGAACCGGGAGUUGGCGCUGAAUUAACGAACGUAACUGAAUCUUUAAAAAAGUCUCGAUCUAUACCGGAUUUUCAAGUGGAAUUGGAAAAAUGCGAGAUAAAUAGUGGACCGACAAGUUCGGCUGUAAGCGAACGGGAUGAAAUGGAAACGUUUGACGAAAAUUUAGAUGAAUUAAAAUUGAAAGUUAAAGAAUUGGCUGUUAGACCCGUGGAUGGAGGUGAAGGUAAAAGUACUGAUGACGUUUGGGAAAGUGAACUGAAAACUACUGUAGAGAAAUUAGAUCAUAUGAUGCUGAUGAAGGAAUGUGCACAGAAUUUAAACGCUUAUAAAACGGAGUUAAAUAAUCAUUGGCCGGCUCAACCAAUAACAGAACCAUUGAGAAAAUACGAGAAACUAAACAACAAAUAGAAGAAAAGUAUUAUUUUAAUUUAGUAAAUUGUCUUGCCCUUGGGUGUUAAUUAAUGUACUGAUUUAUGUUCACUUCAUAUUUAAAAUAUUUUUAUGUUGUUCAGUUUAGCGAAUCUCUCACUUUGUAUAUUUACCAAACCAGCUACAAAAGUUAUAUUUUAUUUAUACAAUUAUAAUAUGUGGUCUAAGUAUUGUUUGAGCUUCUUUUAAAUUCUAUUAAGCUUUAAAAAUCAGUGUACAAAGUAAUUUUAAAAUAAGUUUUUGUUUUGUGUAUUACAUUAGAUUUAUAAGAUUAUUUCAAAUCUUUGGGCCUAAAACGAUUUCUUAUGUUCAUAUUUCAAAAUUAAAUGUUUUAUUUUUUUUAUAUUAAAAAAUGAAAUGUCUUAACUCAUAUUAUGACAAUUAUUUAUAUAUAGCAAAACUUGAUUUAUGGAAUAAAGGGCAUAAUUAAA